AUCGGCAAUGAGACAUCGAAGGGACUGUGAGAUAUAAAAUGAUUUAGAAUUUGAUCGUUUCGAAUUUCGUAUUCGUUCUCAGGUGGAAUUUUCUUCUCGUAAAAGGGAACGAAAGCGAUGAAAGAGUGGCGAGCAGAGUUUAUACUCUGUCUGCUCUACGUUUCAUCCGCGAUCUUCUCCGUGACAUCGUUAAUUAGCCUGGUAACCGUUUGGCAAUAUUGGGCAUGGACACUGGACGUUUGCAUCAGCAUCGACUGCGAUUGUAUACUAUACGGCAUUAACACCUUUAGCACUUUUAUGGGAGGAGAUGCGAAACUCUGCCACUUUGGUGUUUACGGCUUGGUUCCUAUAAUUUUGAUCGGUUUAUGUCUCGGUGGAUAUCAUGGAUAUAGAUGCUGUAUUAAUAGAAAUUUGGACGAGCCUGUACGAAUCUACGAUGACACCAGGAGAAGCUUGAACAAUGUUCAAACAACAGUGGUCGUCAGGCCUAAAAGAAGAACUCCGUAUAAACAAUGGAUACCCGCUGUAUUUCUCGCAAUUUUAUUGUGUUGCUUGUCAUUAGCGCACGCAGUUGUAAUGACGGACGGUUACUAUAAAACCUGCGACCAGUAUAGAAGAAGACUUAUACAACUCCUGAGCUCCACGGGUCGCGAGGCUGAGGUGAUACAUCACAGACUUUCGUGCGGGGCGAUCUUGGACUUUAUGGAUUAUUUACAACCAGAUACAACCGAUUGGCAACGCGACAGACAAAUUGAUACCGGUUUCGCUCUACGAUUGGCAAUAAUAUCCACGUGGUUAAAUGUCUGUACUUGGGUAUUCGCGUUUCUUUUAAAUGGUACUAUGGCGCGUAAGAGACUCUGUUGUCGUAAAUGAAACGCGACACAGUCCCUUUUAUAAGUUGAUCGAAAUUAGGAUUGGAUUCGUUCGAAUAAUGUUUGCCGAAUACCUGAAUUAUCGAGUUGUUCGAUUAUUUGAAUACACAAAAGUUUCAUAAAUAUUACAACGAUAAAGAAAGCUCUCGACCCUGUAAGGAAUUAUGACUCGU